ACACUGACAAACUUCGCGCUCUAUACAAAUCUAUGAUCCUAUAAGAUACAAAACUAUUGAAACAAACACAAGUUAUCUUAUUUCUUCUGAUUUGAAUUUUUGAUACAUGUUGAUUGAUUGAUAUUAUUGUUGUUUUUAUAAACAUAACUAAUACAAAAUGCCUACCACCCGAAAAAAACAAAUAAAAACAGUUUAUAAGAACAGUGACAGCGAAGAAGAAACUGGUGAUUUUAGUGAUUCCGGUUCUGAAGCAAAAAUAUCAGAGGAAUCAAGUAGCGAGGACGAUGAAGAAGAUGCUGGAUCAUCUUCAGGAGAUGAUUUUAAAUUUACCAAGAAAAAGCCAUGUACAUCUCUUAUCAAAAGACGACCUAAAUUUGCCAAAACUUUUAUAAAUAAGAUCAGCAAAACCUCAACCGGAGACCACGAAGACGACACAGCAAACGAAAAUGAUCCAGUUCUAUUUUCAGUCAAGGAUCUCACUGAUGCUGAUAAAUUAUUGCCAUCUACAUUAAAUCUAUCUGAAAGUGAUAGCAGUGAUGAUGAAUCUCCUAAACCAUCAUCUAUAAAACAUAUCUUGGCUGCAAGUACAUCUCACCUGCAUAACUCUGAUGGUGACAAAGAGCUCAAUGACUACAAAGAUGUAUUCUCCAGCAAUAUUCAAGAAAAUAGUGCAGACAUCGCAAAGAAAACAUUCCUGGAAUUAGAGCUCUAUAACAACAAGAUCAAAGAAACGAAGGCCUCAAUACAGAGUUAUAAUAUUCAACAUGAAAAUGCAGAAUCUGAUGUUAAAGAUUUACUUGCCCUUGGUGAAGAGGUGCCAAAUGUUUCUACUCAACCUACACCAAAGAAAAAGGUUAAAAGUAGAAAAGUCAAAGAUGACAGUGAUUCAGAGAUGGAUGAUUGGGAAGAGGUGAAAGAAAAGAAGGGUAUACCUGCUCAAGGAUUACAACUCAUUGUUGAUAUACCAGAUUCAGUCUGUAGAAAAAGUAAGAAGAUUGAUGUUGAAAUGAUGAUGAAACGUAAAAUCAACAGGGUGAAGAAAGAACACCAGGUUUAUAUGCAUAAAGUACAUGUCCUUUGUUGGUUAGGACAUGGCAACUAUGUUAGUCGUGUCUUAAAUGAUCAGGAAAUAUUGGCAUCUGCAUUAGCUUUGGUGCCUUCAAAAGAAUGUUAUCCAGGUGAAAGAGUAGACAUGAAGUACUUGGAACAGAUAACAACAUGGUAUAAAGAUAAAAUUGUUCUAAAACAAGACAAAAACGAAGAUAAAUUUCGUCCAAAGGCACCACCUUUGAAGGAAAUACUGACUGGGCAAAUGAAAAAAAAAGUGGCUACUGCAAAAAAGUAUAUUGUAUUUAUUUUCAUUGCAAUGUUGAGAGCACUGGGUCUACAAUGUCGAGUUAUGUUCAAUUUUGUCACAUUGCCCAUCAAACCACCUGUAUCAGAGCUCUGUUCAUUGUCAACAAAACCGAAAAUAGCUACAGAGGAGACCUCUUCUAAUGAAAAUACUAAAAAAUCUAGUAAAGCUGGUAAUAAAACUAAUGAUAAGAGCAAAAAGAAUGAAAAAAGCCCUAAAAUUUAUCAGUUAGAUGGUCAUUAUGAUUCAUUUUGUGAUAGUGAUUAUGAAAAUAUCACUCAGUUAGAUGGAAAUGAUGAUAUUUUAUCUACAAAAACAAGAACCACAGGUAAGAAAGCUAAAAGUGUGAAUAAUGCUGAAGUGGCUAGCAAAGAAGAUGUAUCACCGCCUAAAAGGUCUCGAAAAAGUCCAAGUCCUAUUCCUAAAAGUAAAAGUACUAAAAGAGAAGGUGAUAAGAAAAGUGUCGAAGUUGCCAUUAAUAAAAAACAAAAGAAUAAAGAUUUACAGCUGAAUGAUUCUGAACUAAAACAACAAAAGAACAGAAGCAAACUUUCUAUAGAUAAAGGAACCCAGGAGCUUUCUCCAAGAAAAACCAGAAACUCGAAAAAUAUAAGAAAUGAUACAACUGCUGUAUCAAAAGAUCUGUUAAAUAAAGAUUCUGCAAAAAACAAAAUAUCAUCAAGUGAUUCAAAAAAAGAAGUAAUACCAAAAAUUGUGGUGACAUAUGAGGAUGAAAAUAAUGUUUCCAGUAAAUUCUUUUGUAAUAACAAAUCUACAAAAGAAGUAGGCCCUUCAAGAUUAUCCAGAAAACGAUCUCAAACAGCAAGUCCUUCCUUAUUAACCAAGCAAGUUGAGUGUAGUAACAAACUAUCAAAUAAUAAAAAUAAAUCAAGAACAAAAAGUGCUCCGGGGAAUUCUGUUGAAAAAAGCAAAUAUUUUAGUGAUAGUGAUGAGAAAAUUGUAGAAAGUAAGAUACCUAAAUUAAGUGUUAAAUCAAAUAAUGCAAUAGACACACAGGUCAACCAAAGGGUUAGCCACAGAGAUCUCGCUAAAAAGCGAACUAAACCUAAAGGCGAUGUUACUGCAGAUUUGGUGAACAUCAUUAAGACAAGAGUUAAAGAGGCAAAGGAUGAUGCCAAACAGCGGAUAGUUAAGGGUAAAGUUAAGAAUGUAUCAGAUGAAGACAGUGACUUUUUGCCAGAAGAAGAUCAAAAGAAACAAAACCUGGACAGUGAUGAAGACUUCAAACCAACAAAAAUAAGUCCAAAAGCAUCUACUAGUAGAAAACCAAGUACAGUAAGUAAAGACCGCCGUGUUCUUUCAUCUGAUGAGGACAGUUCAAAGAACAAGAUGGAUAUCUGGUGUGAGGUUUACGUUGAAGAGCUUGAACAAUGGAUUUCUGUUGAUGUUAUAUCCGGAAAAUUGCAUUGCCCUGAAUACAUUUAUGGUCGCGCGACGCAUCCGGUGUGUUACGUGGUGGGGUGGGACAACAACAACAACCUGAAGGACGUGACGCGGCGCUACGUCCCGCACUGGAGCACCGCGACCCGCAAGCUGCGCGUCGACCCGCGCUGGUGGGACGCGGCCGCCACGCCUUGGGCGGGACGUCGCGACGCCCGGGACCGGGAGGAGGAUGAAUAUUUGGAUAGAAUGCAGCUGGAAGCGCCCUUGCCGAAGAGUAUUUCUGAGUACAAAAACCACCCGCUAUACGCGCUAAAGCGCCACCUGUUGAAGUACGAGGCGAUCUACCCGCCCGACGCGGCCGCGCUGGGCUUCGUGCGCGGCGAGCCCGUGUACAGCCGCCGCUGCGUGCACACGUGUCGCUCAAGGGACACCUGGCUCAAGGAGGCCAAGGUCGUCAAACUAGCCGAACAGCCUUAUAAGGUCGUCAAGGCCAGGCCGAAAUGGGAUAGACUAUCGAACAAGCUAAUCACAGACAAGCCUCUGGAGGUAUUCGGGCCGUGGCAGGUGCAGGACUACGAGCCCCCGAGCGCGGAGAAUGGCAUCGUGCCCCGGAACGCGUACGGAAAUGUCGAGCUGUUCAAAGAUUGUAUGCUUCCUAAAGGAACAGUUCAUAUAAACUUACCGGGUCUGAACAAAGUUUGCAAGAAGCUGAACGUGGACUGCGCCCCAGCUAUGACGGGCUUCGACUUCAACGGCGGCUGGUCGCACCCCGUGUAUAGUGGGUUUGUGGUCUGCCAGGAGUUCCAGCAGCUCGUCACUGACGCGUGGCACAAGGAUCAAGAGGAACAAGAACGACGAGAAAUUGAAAAGAUGGAAGCGAGAGUGUACGGCAAUUGGAGGCGAUUGAUUAGAGGUCUGUUUAUCAGAGAGCGACUCAAGUGCAAGUACGGCUUUGAAGAGCCCACCACUUCUCAAGAAACCAAGAAGAAAGUCAAGGCUCCGCGGUUGGUUGUUAAGAAGAAGUGAAAAAAGUGUGUGACACGGCUAUCAAGUGAAAUUUUAAAUGUUUGAUUGGUCUAAUCUUUAAUCACUAAAGUAAAACUUUAUGAAGAGUUUUCAUUAACACCUGGCUAUUAUAUAGUUGUUUAGCUCAGUUCAGCUGUACUUCAUAUUUCUACCUCAAAAUUAUGUUAAUAAGUAAUUGUAAUUAUAUUGUUCUAGUGUUUGGAAAAUCAGGUUUAAUUGCAGCACAGCUACUGAUGGAUUUGUUGAUUAGCUUUUAAAUUAGCACCAAGUGCUUGUAGAGAUUCUUAAUUUUUUUGUUAUAAUUUUUUUAAGCCCAGUUUGUGCUCUGGCAAAGGGCUGGGCAAAGGCGUUUCCUGCUUCCAUAAACAUACAUUUGCUAUCAUAACUCGUUUAAUUACUUGGGUUAUUUUUACCAUAUGAUCAUCACAGGACCGCCUAUUAGGAUACGAGGUUAUCGAGUUCAAAUUGCUGUGUUAACCUAUUUCAUACAACCUGAAUGUGAUCAUGAUCGUAUUUUUUGUGCUUUCAACUCAUUAAUAUUUAUCAGUUUUUACUACUAAUAUUGUUAGCAUGUUUACAAAUAAUGUUUUAAUAAAUGAAAAUUCAAUUCAAAUGUAUAUUUUAUUCAAUAAAAAAUUGUAAAUUAUACCAUAUUCAUAUAAUAUUUAUCAUGUGCAAUAAGCUGUCUUAAUGUUUACAUCUUAUAAAUUGUGUAUGUUACAUAGCAAAAGCACCAAAGCAUUACUUAGUUAUGCACAGCUCAUUGUGCAAGCAGUAUAUAAUAAGAUACGAUAAAACUAUAUACAAUACAAUUGUGUAUAAAAAUAUGUAUAGACACUUCAGACCUUAACAGCAAGAUCUGGUCGGUCGAAACGAUUGCUUAUUUGCAAUCUUAUCCGCGUUUACAGGAUAGUUUUAUUUUACCUUCCCAUCGCUGAUGCGAUCGAAUGAUAGGUAAAUUUGUUCACAAUGCCAUUUUUUAUUUAUUUUAAUUUGAUCGAUUUUUUUUUUAAUUUUUUUAAUUUAUAUUUCUUAGGCCUACGUUAGAGUCUAUGCAUCUUACUUACUACAAUAUUUUAUGACGAAUGUAUAAACUAAGGGCCCAGACACAUCGAGCACGAAUUUGUACAUAUAUGAAAGGAAUGUAACCUUUAAUUUAUAUCUUCAUAACAAAAUAGUUGCACUUAAUCAUAUAAACCUAUCAUUUAUCUAUCAUUAGUCUCUUUGGGUAGUAUCAACCAUUAUUAACACCAGUUUAAUAAAUGGUAUGAUGAAAAGAUCAACAGACGGGUAGCAAUAUACAAUAGAUUAAAUUCCUUUCAUGCUACCUUACUCAAUUUCUUUCCCUAUGAAGUCCAGCUUCAUAGUAAAAUUAUGCCAUGGUUAAUGUGCCUGCGCCCAUUCCGAAACCAACACCUUUCGGACCAAAGUUCCUGCCGUAGCAGCCUCGGCAGUAGAUUUCACCAUUGGGUCCGUCAUUCAAGUUGGUGGAAUC